CGGCGGGAGGCGGGGAGGCUGCGCGUCCGCGCGCCAGCCCAGCCGUGCGUGCUCACGUGACAGGUCCGCCGGGCCAAGCUCGCGUCAGGGCGAACGAAGAUGGCGGCCGAGAGGGAACCUCCUCCGCUUGGGGACGCGAAGCCCACUGACUUUGAGGAGCUGGAGGACGGAGAGGACCUGUUCACCAGCACUGUCUCCACCCUAGAGUCAAGUCCAUCAUCUCCAGAGCCAGCUAGUCUUCCUACAGAAGAUAAUAGUGCAAACUCCAAUGGCCCAAAACCUGCAGAAGUUGUGCUAGAUGAUGACAGAGAAGAUCUUUUUGCGGAAGCUACAGAAGAAGUUUCUUUGGACAGCCCAGAAAGGGAACCUAUCCUCUCCUCAGAACCUUCUCCUGCAAUCACUCCUGUCACCCCUACUGCACUCAUUGCUCCUAGAAUUGAAUCGAAGAGUAUGUCUGCUCCUGUGAUCUUUGAUAGAUCCAGGGAAGAGAUUGAAGAAGAAGCAAAUGGAGAUAUAUUUGAUAUAGAAAUUGGUGUGUCUGACCCAGAGAAAGUUGGUGAUGGCAUGAAUGCUUACAUGGCAUAUAGAGUAACAACAAAGACUUCUCUCUCCAUGUUCAGUAAGAGUGAAUUUUCAGUGAAAAGAAGAUUCAGUGACUUUCUUGGUUUACACAGCAAAUUGGCAAGCAAGUAUUUACAUGUCGGUUAUAUUGUGCCGCCAGCUCCAGAAAAGAGUAUAGUAGGCAUGACCAAGGUCAAAGUGGGUAAAGAAGAUUCAUCAUCCACUGAGUUUGUAGAAAAGCGGAGAGCAGCUCUUGAAAGGUAUCUUCAAAGAACAGUGAAACAUCCAACUUUACUACAGGAUCCUGAUUUAAGGCAGUUCUUGGAAAGUUCAGAGACUAAAAGUGAAUACUUUUUUAUUUCAGAACUUUCAGCCAACACAGCUGCCUUUGCUAAAAGUGCUGCCAUGUUAGGUAAUUCUGAGGAUCAUACUGCUUUAUCUAGAGCUUUGUCUCAACUUGCAGAAGUUGAGGAGAAGAUAGACCAGUUACAUCAAGAACAAGCUUUUGCUGACUUUUAUAUGUUUUCAGAACUACUUAGUGACUACAUUCGUCUUAUUGGUGCAGUGAAAGGUGUGUUUGACCAUCGAAUGAAGUGCUGGCAGAAAUGGGAAGAUGCUCAAAUUACUUUGCUCAAAAAACGUGAAACCGAGGCAAAAAUGAUGGUUGCUAACAAACCAGAUAAAAUACAACAAGCUAAAAAUGAAAUAAGAGAGUGGGAGGCGAAAGUACAACAAGGAGAAAGAGAUUUUGAACAGAUCUCUAAAACAAUUCGAAAAGAAGUGGGAAGAUUUGAGAAAGAACGAGUGAAGGAUUUUAAAACUGUUAUCAUCAAGUACUUAGAAUCAUUAGUACAAACACAACAACAGCUGAUAAAAUACUGGGAAGCAUUCCUACCGGAAGCCAAAGCCAUUGCCUAGCAAUAAGAUUAUUCCUCUUACGAAGAUCUUGGAUGUUUGUUCCAGUUAUGCUGAAUUCCACAGUGAAAUCAUUUAAGACCAUCUAAAUAAACCACUAUAUAUUUUAUGAAUUACAUGUGGUUUUAUAUACAUAUAUAUGUACACACAUACACUCUGACAUUUUGUUACAAGCUGCAUGUCCUGACCCUCUUUGAUUAAGUGUGGACUGUGGCAUGAUAUUCUGCAAUACUUUGCUGAAUUGAACACUAUUGUGUCUUAAAUGCUUGCACUAAAAAGUGCACUGCAAGGCCAGAAAAUUUUACAUUUUUUUUUCUUUACAAUAUGUUCUGAAGUAUGUUUACCCUCAUUAUGAAGUGAAUUAUCAAUGCAUUGAUUAAUGUUCACUUAUACAUUCCUGUACAGAAAUUAUGAUUUUGUGAUUACAGUAAUAAAAUGAUAUUCCU